CACACACACACACUAGGUGGUGGUUGUUGAGCUUAGUGAGUUUGUUGUACUCACCUGUCUGAACGUCGUCAAGGUGAAGUGGCCUCCUUUCUGCUCGUUUAUUCUCAAGACAUAAUAUAACAUCCGUCCCAGUAUAACCAGUCCAUUCAGCCUGUCCCACUUGCUUCUUUUUCAAACAUUUGGCUGAAUGAGGCUCUCUGCAGACACACACAGCAGGAAGCCUCAGACCUCACCGAAGAGAUACUGAAGCAAAGUAUUUCCUGCCCAGACCAAGAAAUGGAUACCUGGAAGAUCCAGCUCGUUGUUGUGACUGUUUGUGCUUUGGUGCAAACCUAUCAGGCACUGUCUUCUAGUGUGGAAGAGGAGAGAGGGUUAUCUAAAGACUGGCAGGAUGAAUCACUGGAGGCAGGUCUGACCCCCCCGAUGGCAAGUCUGAUGAAAAGAUCUAAAGCCCUCCGCUUCUAUGGACUCAUGGGCAAACGCUCAGGUGUAAGGAACCCUUUUAAAGUAAAUAGACGAAACAAAGGAGAGAUGUUUGUGGGUCUGAUGGGUAGAAGCAUUUCCAGUGGCAAAUCGUUAACCAGAAUAUUUCCAUCUGCAACAACCACUGCAAUCGAUGUUUCGGAGAAACCACACAAGCAAGGUUCAUCAGAGGAAUGGUUCCAAAUCCUCUAUUGAUGGAGCUAGAAAAAAAAGUACACAUUUUUAUGAUCUAUACAAUUUUACACCAACCAAAGAAGACGUUAACAUACAUCAUACUCCUGAAAAUACACUCUGCUUACGGUUUCAAUUCAUGCUAACAAUUAUUGUAUUAAGCCCAAACAAAAACUACCAUCUUCAAAACGCACAUUUCUUGAAUGGAAUAAAAAAAUAAUGCAGCUAGAUGUAGGCAUGUAUUCUUUUUUUGUUUUUUUUUUUUUUUUGCAUGAGGAAAGCAAAACAUUCAUGUUUUCCACCACACUGGACCGUUAAUCAUUUAACAUUCAAAGCUUAGUACAUGUAGGCAACUUUCUUAACAAAUAGGACAAAGAGAUUCUCUACUAUUAAUUGUUUGACAAUGUUUAAGUCAAGAAUCAUUGGACUUGGAACGCAUGGUGCUUAAAAUCUAAAUGAAAGUAAAAUAUAAAAGUAAAAAACAAAAGUUUAGUGACAGAAAUAAAAA